AUGGGCACCCUCAGGGACCUUCAGCUGGCCUUGCAGCUCAAGAUCGAGGAGCUCAGACAGCGAGAUGCCCUCAUCGACGAGCUGGAGCUGGAGCUGGACACCAAAGAUGAUCUCAUCAGACAGCUGCAGAUAGAGCUGGACAGGCAUCGCAGCGCCUCACAACACCCAAACAGCUGUGGGGACGCAGAAAGUGCAGGUGUGCCAGUGCAGCCAACACACCUGCCACUGAGAGCAGGCCCUCAGCGCACCAAGAGACAGGCCAUCUCAGCAGAGCCCACGGCGCUGGACCCCUCGCAGCUCACAGAUGUUACACUCAACAGCUACAGCAAGACCAAAGAGUCUAGGGAGCUGAUCCAAAGGGCUCUGUUGGAGAAUGACUUUAUGAAGCAUCUGGAGCACGGGCAGAUCCUGACAAUCAUGGACUGCAUGUACCCCACCAGCCUCACCCAGGGGUGCUGCGUCAUCCAGGAGGGGGACGACGGCUCCACGGUCUACGUGCUGGAGGAGGGUAUGGUUGAGGUAACCAAAGAGGGGAAGAAACUGUGCACCAUAAGUCCAGGGAAAGUGUUUGGAGAGCUGGCAAUUCUGUACAACUGCACUCGCACUGCAUCUGUGACAGCCCUGACCGACAUCAAGCUGUGGGCGAUUGACAGACAGGGUUUCCAGACCAUAAUGAUGAGGACUGGUCUGAUCAAGCAUUCCCAGUACAUGGAGUUCCUCCACAGUGUCCCCUCCUUUCAGUCGCUCCCUGAGGACAUUCUUAGUAAACUGGCUGACGUGCUGGAGGAGACUCAUUACAGUGAUGGUGAUUACAUUAUCCGUCAGGGAGCCACAGGAGACACACUGUUCAUCAUCAGUGAAGGACAGGUGAAGGUUGCUCAGCAGAAAUCGGCCAGCGAGGAGCCAGUGUUUCUGAACACUCUGUCUAAAGGCGACUGGUUUGGAGAGCAGGCUUUAAAAGGUGAGGACAUUCGCACAGCCAGUGUUACAGCUUUGGGAGAUGUCACAUGUCUGGUCAUCGACAGAGAGUCCUUCAAACAACUGAUUGGAGGACUGGAGGAAGUCAACAACAAGCAGUAUGACAAUGAUGAGCUCAAGGCAAAAAUGGAGGCAGAGGCAGUUUUCUUUUCUAGUGUGUCACUCAGCGAUUUCAAUGUCAUCUGCACUCUGGGAGUGGGAGGAUUCAGCCGUGUGGAGUUGGUGCACCUCAAGAGUGACCCGAGUCGGUCGUUUGCCAUGAAAGUGUUAACAAAACGCCACAUCUUGGACACCAGCCAACAGGGACAUAUCUUAUCAGAGCGCCGCAUCAUGAUGGAGGCUCAUAGUCCUUUCACCGUCAGGCUGUAUCGGACUUUCAGAGACUCUAAAUAUCUUUACAUGCUGCUUGAGGCCUGCCUUGGAGGAGAAUUAUGGACACUACUGAGAGACAGGGGUUCAUUUGACGACAGUACCACUCGGUUCUACACAGGCUGUGUUAUAGAGGCCCUGGCUUUCCUUCAGUGUAGAGGAAUCGUUUACAGAGACCUCAAACCUGAGAACAUAAUACUGGACCAGCGGGGAUAUGCCAAGCUGGUGGACUUUGGCUUUGCUAAGAAGGUGGGAUUGGGUAAGAAGACAUGGACGUUUUGUGGAACUCCUGAGUACGUGGCCCCUGAGAUCAUCCUGAACAAGGGCCAUGAUUGUUCAGCUGACUGCUGGUCUCUGGGAAUACUUAUCUUCGAGCUGCUUAGCGGCAGUCCUCCUUUCUCAGGCUCUGAUCCCAUGAAGACCUAUAACAUCAUCCUGAGAGGCAUCGACAUGGUCGAGUUCCCCAAGAAAAUCACCAAGAGUGCUGCUAACCUCAUCAAACGUCUCUGCAGGGAUAAUCCCUCUGAGAGGCUGGGGAACCAGAAAAAUGGGGUGAAGGACAUCCAGAAGCACAAGUGGUUUGAGGGGUUCAAUUGGGAAGGCCUUCGCCAGGGAACCAUAGACUCUCCAUUCACGCCCACAGUGGACGGGCCAUUGGACAGCAGAAACUUUGACUGUUUCCCUGAGGACACUAGCGACCCUCCUCCCGAUGACGAGUCUGGUUGGGACCUUGAGUUUUAAUGCAGCGUGAAUAGUGGCUACGCGUUGACCAAA